UUACGGAAGAUGCUAUUUUUGCUAAGUGCCGAGGUGUAUGUUUUCACAUGGUCUGCUGAAAAUGGAAAACGAUAUUUUCAGCGAGGCAGCAUCUGUCUUAGAAAAGGCAAACGUACCAAAAAAUAAACUCAAAAAAAUUGUUACGUCAACAGAGAGUCAGAACACAAGACAGCUGCUUGCUUUGGUCAGCCAGAUUACAGACAGCAGAAAAAUUCUUGAAGAAAUACUUUCACAUUGUCCAGCCAGCAAUGGAUUUAUGGAAGAAACAAUUGUUGGGGGUAGCUCAGAAAAAGCGUUGGUUCUCCUUUAUGAACUGUUGUUGGGGCGAAAUUUCGGAAAAAAUUUUCAUUUAAGGAAAAUCAUGCAGAAUUAUAAAGCUCAAUUUCAAAAUGCCACAUCAAUAGUUUUGAGGAAAUAUAAUGCCAAGUCUCUACGUCAUUUGGUGACUGCUGUUGCUGAAAAUAAAAUUAUUAAAAUACCUUGUUAUAUGCGUGUGAAUAUCAUCAAAUCAACUGUUGAGGAUGCUAUACAUGCUCUGAAAGUCGAUGGUUGGAAAUACACAGGGAAAAUCAGCAGCUACUGUUAUCAAAAGAGUGCUCUUUCCCUGGGUAAAGAUCAGUUUGGACUGGACCCCUACCUGUCUGAUCUACUAAUAUUUCCUGUUGGAACUGAUCUACACAACCAUCGUCUUACAAUAUCAGGGGUUCUGGUGCAGCAAGAUAGGGCAGGUUGUUUUCCAUGUCAUGUACUCAAUCCAACUUCCGGGAGUUAUGUUAUAGAAUGUUGUGCUGCUCCUGGCAACAAAUCAGUUCACCUGGCAAGUCUCUUGAAAAACACAGGAAAAGUUUUGACAAUGAACCAACCUCAAAAAAACACCUUGAAAAUGUCCAAGUUACUUGAAAACCAUGGAGUUACCUGUGUUGAAUCAGUCUACAAAAACUUUCUCUCAGUGGACCCCACAACAGAUGGCUCAAACAUUGAUCUAAUAUUGCUAGAUCCCUCGUGCAGUGGUUCAGGGUUGUUUGGAAAAGAAUCAGAGAAAGACAUUAGUAGAAUAGAAAAGCUGCAAAAGAAUCAGAUUUUACUUUUAAAGCAUGCCCUCCGUUUUCCAAAUGUUAAGAGAGUUGUCUAUUCAACCUGUUCUACUUAUGAAGAAGAAAAUGAAGCUGUGGUUGAGCAGGUUAUGGAAAAAGUUUCCAAAUUUUUCAGAUUCACAAAAAUUUUUCCACAUUGGAAAGGCAGCAGAGGGGUUGAUAAAUAUCCAAAUGCAAACAAUUUUUUAAGGACAUUAACUGAAUCUGAUUUGACGCAAAGUUUUUUUGUUGCUUGUUUUGAGCGUGUGAAUGAAGUUACAGACAAAGCUAAUAAAGAAUGUGAUGUUACAGCAUCAGGAGAAAUGGAACCCUUAAAAGAGGAGAACAGAAAGAAAAGGAAAAAAAGAAAACAUUCUGAGUCAGAGCCUGGCGUAGAAACUGAAAAUAAUACUUUGAAUGUAGAUUUAAUAGAUCAUAUUCAGAGAAAUAAUGUUAAAUCUGAAACUGAUCAAGAAGAAGCUUUAACUAAUUCUGAAACUUUUACAGAAAAUAUGGACAAUGAAGUGCUAAAUGUUUUGUCAGCACCAGAGACAAAUGGUGCAUGCGAGAAAACUAAGAAGAAAAAGAAAAGCAAAAAAAGAAAACAUGCAGAAACUGACGACUUAGAAUUAGAGAAUUUAAAUGUGUCUGAAGAAAAGAAAAAUAUUUUACCACCCUUAUGCAUAGAUUCAACAGAGCCAUAUAGAAAAAAGAAAAAGAAGAAAAGAAGACACUCCUCAACUGAUUCAGAAUUUAAAAAUGAAGAUUUGAGUUUAGAUGUAACUGAACAAGCUAAGGAAAAAAAGAAAACGGCUAAACAGGAGUCAUCUGAAAUAUUUCUUGAUGCUGUCCAGAAACAUUUAGACAGAGAGAAUGAAGAGGAAGAAAGGGCUGAAGCUAAAGAAAAAAGUAAAAAGAAGAAAAAGAAAAAAAGACACUCAGAAAAUGAGUAAUCCUUCAAGGGAAUAACUGGGUAUACUGCGACGAAAAUAAAAUGAAAGCUGCUGAAUUUUGGUAGGGUUUUUUAUAAUAUAAAACUAAACCAAUGCCAUGUUAAAACUUGUAUCUAA